CAGAGCUUCUGUUCUGCGUUGCCCGCCAGUCCGUAGUGAUAUACCGGUGAUUCGGAUUUUCCCGAGACAGUAGCAGGAAUUUUAGUGCAGCAGGAAAGGUUAUUCGGCGGCGAAGAAAUGGAGGCUCCUCAAUUUAAGGACUUCGGGAAGGAGAUGAUCGAUUAUGUGGCCAACUAUCUCGAGAAUAUAAGAGAAAGGCGAGUGGUACCAACGGUGGAACCAGGAUAUCUAAGACCUCUCAUCCCAGAUAGUGCCCCUCAAACACCUGACAAAUGGGAAGAUGUUAUGAGUGACAUCGAACGGGUUAUUAUGCCUGGUGUGACGCACUGGCAUUCACCCAGAUUCCAUGCCUACUUCCCAACGGGCAACUCCUACCCCGCAAUAGUUGCAGACAUUCUAAGCGGUGCAAUCGCAUGUAUCGGUUUCUCCUGGAUUGCAAGCCCUGCUUGCACAGAACUGGAGGUGGUCAUGAUGGACUGGCUAGGCAAGAUGUUGGAUUUGCCCAAGGAGUUCCUGGCAUGUUCAGGUGGUAAAGGGGGAGGUGUUAUUCAAGGUACUGCCAGUGAGGCCACCUUGGUAGCUCUUCUCGGAGCUAAAGCUCGUGCCAUUGACAGAGUGAAGAAAGAACAUCCAGAGAUGAGCGAUGCGGAUAUCGUCGCUAAGUUGGUCGCCUACACAUCGAGUCAAAGCCAUUCCUCCGUGGAACGAGCAGGUUUACUAGGUGGCGUCCAAAUGCGUUCUUUGCAGCCUGAUGACACCAACAGGCUUAGUGGGGAAAUACUAGAGAACGCUAUAAAAGAGGAUCUCGAUGCUGGUUUGAUACCAUUCUAUGCUGUAAAUACAUUGGGGACGACGUCAUCCUGCACAUUUGACAAGCUUGAUGAAAUUGGUCCUGUAUGCAAUCAGUAUAACGUUUGGCUCCAUGUAGAUGCAGCUUAUGCAGGAUCAGCAUUUAUUUGUCCUGAGUACAGAUACUUAAUGAAAGGCAUAGAAUGCGCGGAUUCCUUCAACUUCAACCCGCACAAGUGGCUGGUGGUGAACUUCGACUGCUCGGCCAUGUGGCUGAAGGACCCAUCAUGGUUAGUAAACGCCUUCAACGUGGACCCCCUGUACCUCAGGCACGCCCAGCAGGGCUCAGCCCCCGACUACCGCCACUGGCAGAUCCCUCUAGGUCGCAGAUUCAGAGCCCUCAAACUGUGGUUCGUCUUGAGACUCUACGGAGUCGAGAACCUCCAGGCUCACAUCCGCAGGCAAAUCGGUCUAGCACACUACUUUGAGUCCUUGGUAAGGUCCGAUGACAGGUUCGAGAUCACUGAGGAAGUCCUAAUGGGUCUGGUGUGCUUCCGACUGAAAGACACGAAUGAAGCAAACGAGGCGUUUCUCAAGAGACUGAAUGGUAGGGGUGUCAUCCACUUGGUACCCUCGAAGAUCAGGGAUACUUACUUCUUGAGGCUGGCGAUAUGUUCCAAGGUCACAGAGGAGUCCGAUAUUGAUAUUUCUUGGAAGGAAAUCAAGGAAACUGCUGAUGAGGUUUUCGCUAAGAAAGUUUAACUUAUUGUCCUUAUGCAGUAAGGCCUACUAUCGCGGGAAAGUUUCAAGCUAACUGAAAAGUAUUAAAAGUAUUUAAAAUUCUUAGUUAUUUGACCUGCAAUUUCUUCCACGCUUUGCAUGUAGGUACUUAUAUUGAAAAAUUAUAUUUAAUUGCACUUUCUUGCCGCUGUAACGAAAUACUUGCCUUACUGUAAGUUCACAAAAGCAAACGAAAACAAUGAUUUAAUAUAAUUUAAUUAAUUGUAAGUUAUUUAUUGAGAAUAGUUGUUGUAAAUAUAGUAGAUAAUAUUGUUGAGAUUAUAUUGUAAACGAAAGGACCAAUUGUAUCGAACAAUACCAAAAAAAGUGUAUUACUUAUUAAAUAAAUAACCUC